GGCUGCACCCACCGCCGAUACGGAUCUCUUGCCAUCGGGGGCUAAAAAGCCUCGUGCGCCGUUGCCGCCCGUGAUUCUAUCAAAUGUGCCUGGCACUUGGGCGCAUGACACCAUGUCGCGGCGGAUCCGGGAUGACAUCCUGGUUCGGAUCUAUGCUGAGAACGAAGAGCUCCUUGCGUUCAAACCCAGUAUCAAAUCAGGACUCGAUCAACUUAAAGAAGAGCUCAAGACUCCACAAACAUCCGUCCUUCCGCCGAUUCAAGACGACGGUGGGCCAGACCUGGCCGUAUGGGAGGGAAUAAUGGCACCGUACGCACAAAGCAACUGGCUAGACGCCCCGUGGUUAGUCACUGAAUUUUAUUUUUACAGGCGCAUCAUCCAGAUUUUUCAGUAUUUUAGGACCAGCUACGACCCAUUUCAUCACCAGAAACGCUUGGGGCUGGAAGGCGCCCUGGAGUUGACCAAAGAAUUGGUAGCACGAGCCGAGGAGGUGCACAAGGCGGGGGAUCCGGAGACCGCCCUACACUUCGCGGUCUUCGCUUCCCUCUGGGGAAACAAAAUGGACCUGAGCCUUUGGCCCUCGCAAUCGGAUGGCGCAGCGGCCAACAAGGCUCAGACCUUUGCCAACGUGUUGGAAGCAAGCUCGGUGAACCUGCUCGCGGACGACUUCUCCACCGUCUUGGCCCAUUUGCGGGGGGCUGGGGCGAGCGGGCGCGUCGACAUCGUCGUGGACAAUGCGGGCUUCGAGCUCGUGACUGACUUGCUCCUCGCCGACGCCCUGCUCCUGCACAAACUGGCUUCCCAGGUGGUUUUCCACCUGAAAGGCCACCCCACCUUUGUCUCGGACGCCAUGGAGAAGGACGUCAGGGACACGGUCCACUACCUCGCCUCCCACCAAGUCGUCGCCGCCCGCGACCGUUGGUCUUCCUACCUGCAGACCGGGCAGUGGGACCUGCGCGCGCACAACUACUGGGCCCAGCCUUUUCCCUUCUGGGAGCGGCCAGAUGAGGUGACGGAGGACCUGAGCCAGUCCCGCUUGGUAUUCGUGAAGGGGGAUGCCAACUACCGGAGGUUGCUGGGCGACCGGGACUGGCCAUUGUCCACACCCUUCGCCGACGUGGCCUCCUAUUUCCCCUCCCCGGUGACGGCGCUACGCACGCUCAAGGCGGAGCUGGGGUGUGGGAUGGCGGAGGGGGAGGUAGAGAGGGCGAGGCGGGAGAAGCCAAGGGACUGGAUGGUGACGGGGACGUAUGGCGUUGUCCAGUUUACCGAUCCGGACGUAUGAUGGAGGUGGGCAGGAUGAUAGAACGAGGAGCGUGGGGACUCUGUAUCAAAGCACGUGCGUGGGCGGGGAUGGGAUGGGUCGAGAAGAAGCAGAGAAAGAAAGAGGGACCUCUGACAUGGUGGGGUCGGGCGGAUGAAUAAGGAGAAGGCGGACUGAGAGGAGUAAAGAAAUCAACUACACUCAG